GCUCUUUCUGUCAGUCCAGCACUCCUAAAUUGGAGGGUGCCACACUUCAUAGGUGAGGGUGGUGGAAUAAGGGUAAAAAACUGCAGUGAACAACAAGAAGUCAAAAGAGCGUGGAUAGGAACGGUUAGACAGGAAAUCCCUUGUCUAUCCAGAAAGGAUGGAGAACGCACACACAAAGACCCCGCCAGAAUGUCUGGCUUUCUUCGGGGUGAACGAGGUUUCUGGUCUCACCCCAGACCAGUUCAAGAAGAACCUGGACAAGUACGGCUUCAAUGGUGAGAGAAUGGGCAUCAUGGGAUGGGGAGGGAGGCCUGCUGACUGAAGAGGCUCAUGAAGUAUUUGUUUGAUCCAAGGCCACAUUGAGAAACAUCUCAGUGUACUGAUAAAGAAAGAUCUUGAGCUUUGCACUCAAAAUAUUCCAACAAGUAGAGAGAGCACAGAUUCUCAGAUUGUUUCCCUGAGUGGACAUACUCUGUGUAUGGCUGGGUUGAGGGAUGCUUUUUUAGAGAAGAGUUGCAACAGCUGGUAGAAAUGCAGAGAGACAUUGAGAAGCAGAGACUUUGAGGGCUUUGAAGAGCUAUUUAAAGACAGCCAAAGAAGAUGGCUGGAGAGCGAGAGAGACAGGUGAUGGCUCAAGAAGCUUCCUGGGUGAUAUUUGGGGCGGGCGUUAACAGAAGGGGAUGGAUAAUUUUAGGCCGGGUAAAAAGGGGGAGGUCCUUAGAAGGCUUAUGGCUAAAUGAUCUGUAAUAUGAUUGCUAAUCAAUAACCAAUGGAAUGGUUGAGUAGAUGACAAAUCUUCUCAAGGGUGGUGUGAAGUUUAAUAGCAGCAGUUAUCUUGUUUUGUCAAGUGAUGUUUCUGUUGCAUCAGAAUCUUGCACUAGGGUGUCAUUUGGCAUUGGUUAGAAGUCAAAGGAAGUGGAUUUAGAGCAAGACAAGUGAAAAAAUAAAAAAAAUCAUAGUUCUUGAGUUCACAUUGACAAUCUUUUUACAAAGAAGUACAAGUUUUCUUCAAAAGAUUUGUUGAAAAUGUUUCUUAAUAUACACCUUUUCUUUACUGCUAUCAUUCACUGUCACUAACCAAUCUUUUCCCCAUGUGUCUGUUUCCCUUCGCUUUCAUCCCUCUCUACCUCUGUGACCGACUUCAGAGCUGCCCGCUGAGGAGGGUGAGUGUUUGUCCAGCCACAUUCACAAAAAAACAUCUAAGGAGAAACUCCCAGACACCUCUGUAGCAUUUUGGUUGUGUGAUACCCACAUGGUGAUGAUGGCAGACUCUGGCCACGUAGUUGAACUGUCAAGUGUUGCGACACACACCACCAGAACACGCUCUCAUUUUGAACAGUGAUGCAAAUUUCAUAGUCAUGGUUAAUGAUGUCAUGAUAAUCAUGUUGUUUUCUUCUUUUGUGUCACUCAGGUAAGAGCAUCUGGGAGCUGAUUGCUGAGCAGUUUGAGGAUCUGCUUGUCAGGAUUCUGCUGCUGGCUGCCUGCAUCUCUUUUGUAAGUUUAGGCAUCAAAGUUCUCAAGAACUGUGCCACUCAUUGUAGACUUUGUAUUUAUUGGCACAAUCGUCUCAAACUCAAGUCAUAGAAAUUGGAUCUGUAGGAGACGCAACAGCAGGCAUAAACUCAGGGAGACCCCAACAUUGAGUUAGUUAAAAGCGCUGAAAGAAAAAUACUUGAACAGAAAUAAACUCUCCAAGUUAAAGUUUUUGCACUUUAGGAUUCUUGGCACAAUAAUCUCUGGACCCCCUUACAAUUUUGAUUGCCAACCACUCCUCUCUUUCAAUAACACAAACUCAUGCAAUAAACAAGCUGUAGUUCACAUAAAUUCUGACACUUUGUGAAGAUGACUCCUCAUCCCUCUCUCUCUGAGCCCCUCUGUCCCUCAAUGUAUUUUUGAGGACGACAACUUGAGAAGAGGGAGACGGAUUGCGAGGGGCUUGUAGGAGGUGUAUUAAUUCCUUUGCCCAGCUUUCACCCCUUCAGGGCAGCUGUCACUAUGGCCUUAGAAGGCGAAUAUUGAGGAGCCAGUAAGAGACGGGGGGUCAGCAAAGUAUAGGGGGGCUGAGGGUGAGGGUUUAUUUUAAGAAAGGUCCAAGCUGAGGAGAGAAACUGAAUCCUUCAGGAAAGGUCAGGCGUGAAGAAAGGAACGAAGAUCCUCCUCAGAGAGAGGGGCUCGAGUCAGAAGGAGCAAAGAGUUAUGGGACAUUGAGAUCAAAUUAAUGACAAUUAUGUAAUCGUAUUAUGACAUGUAAAAAUAUUCUAAAAAUAGCACAGCAACAUGAAGGAGCUGAUUAAGAAAAACGAAGACAAGGCCUUGAAAGCAGCCUGUAAAAGCUAGCUUCAAAGUGUACACUGUUGACAUGUUAUAUUGCAUGUAUUCAAGGUCUGAGCAGCCUGCGAAACCCAGAUAAUUUCCCCUUUAGCUAUCAGCACUUGACAUAUUAUACACAAAUGUUAAAUUCGUGAGGUAUCUCUCUCAUUUAGUCCUAUUAUAAGUAUCUUGAUAAUGUUUAAACCAACAAACAUGGAAGAUUUGGGUGCUUUUAUAUCAUGAAAAGAACAUUCAGAUGUCAUUGCUGCCUGCCCGUCAGAGCUCAUUUUCUCACUGCUUUAUACUGUGUCUCCAUGAUUUCAGGUGCUGGCCUGGUUUGAGGAAGGCGAGGAGACCGUCACCGCCUUCGUUGAGCCUUUUGUCAUUCUUCUUAUCCUUAUCGCUAACGCCGUUGUUGGAGUGUGGCAGGUUAGUGAAAGACUCAGCCUAAUGAGCAAUACGACACAUCCACUGACAGCACAUGGCAUCCACUCACCGCCAUGUUUUCUACCCAGACAUGAUUGCCUAACUGUAACAUAAUCACUUUCUGAAUCAAAACAGUAACAGUGUGUCAUGGUUGGAUACCGUUGCAACACUGAGAAAACCUCAAGUUAGCGAUAUGCUCAGUGAUAAAUAAAUACCCGGCUACUUUAGCAACAGGUUUCACACACCAUGCCCAGUGUCUGUUUGGACUGCAGGGGCUGUUUUGUUCACUCAUAUUAUGCAAGCCAUGACAUGAAGUAAUCGGUGCUGCUGUCAUGCAUCAGUCGCCAUGGGGACACUUUUGUUGUGACAUCCCCGCCAAGUGUUCAAAUCAGCUGCUUGUUCAUGUUUCCUCAUUGAAAACAGAACUGACUGUGGCUCAUUGCUGCUGGAGGAUCACAUUUUAUUACUCAAAAUCUGAUCUCUAGCUAUUUAGUUUGUUCCCAAACUUAGAUGUAAAUAUGAUCUGAUUUACACUCAAUAGUUUCUGUUGGUAAAAAAUGAAAAAACAACAUAUGAUAGAAAAGUGGACCUAAAAUUAUUUACUUGAUGUAUCCGGAUGUUGUUAGAAGGUUUUAUGUCUAUGUGGAGGCCUAACAUGUGCAUGUGAAUUUCUUUGUUUUUUACCCACACAAACCUUUUUUUCAUCACUGUUUGUGUCUUCAUUUUUUUUGUGCCAUAGGAGCGUAACGCUGAAGAUGCCAUCGAGGCUCUCAAGGAGUACGAGCCUGAGAUGGGCAAAGUUUACCGUUCUGACAGAAAGAGUGUGCAGAGGAUCAAGGCCAGAGAAAUCGUCCCCGGAGACAUUGUCGAGGUGUCCGGUAAGACACGUCAUGAUUCAUGUCUCUGUAAACUACAGCCUGUUUAAUCAUGUAGUCUUCACUGCCCCUCUUAGUUAAAUCUUUGAAAAGACAGAGCUUAAAUUCAGCUGCAGCAUUGUUGAGGGGAAGACAGACACACACAAAUUCAGCAUGUAUGCAUAUGAGGUACAGGCUGAUGGCAGAGCCUCGUGUCUUUUUAAGGCAAUGUGAGCACUGCUGUGAAAACAUGCUGACUGAAGGAAAGCAAAAUCAGGAGUAUAAAUACCCUCAGCAGCACCUGCCACACCUCCUCUCCCCUGUCUGCCAUUCCUCGCUUCUGUUCAUUUGUCAGUGCUCACCUGUUGUCACAUUAACCCCCAUCCCUCCCCCAACAUGCGUGAUUAGGUCUCAUUGGGCCUCUCCAGUCUUCCAAAUGCCACUGAUUAAUUACAAUAAAACAUUUCUAAUCAUUUUAAAAAUAUUUUACUAAAUUUAAGAUCCUUUUAAAAAUCAUUUUCAGUCACAGUUGACCUCACAGAUGGCUCUUAAUAUACUGCAGCCUUCUAAUUUUAUGGGGGUGCAAAACAAUUUAGAACAAAAGUUUUAAAGAGGGAAAGUGUUUCACUUUAAAAAGAUUUCACAGCUUCGUUUCUUUUCUGUUCAAAGUAGAUAUACACGCCUGUGAUCAUAAGAAAUCAGGAGAAAUGAAUUUGAAUAUUUGCUUCUGUUUGAUUCACACAGUUGGUGACAAAGUCCCCGCUGACAUCAGGAUUGUUUCCAUCAAGUCCACCACCCUGCGUGUUGACCAGUCCAUCCUUACUGGUACGCUGUCAAGAAACCCUAAAUCUGCUCAUACCUGUUGUGUCCUGUCAAAACCUCUUGGACAGUUUUUCAGUAAAAUUUCUCUUUUCUCCCUCAGGUGAGUCCGUCAGUGUGAUCAAGCACACUGAGUCCGUCCCUGACCCCAGAGCCGUCAACCAGGACAAGAAGAACAUGCUUUUCUCUGUAAGUACCAUCAUGUUAAUUUGUGGAUAUGUUUGUCUUGUUUUUCCUCUCUACAUCUCUGUCCUUGUUUGUCCUUUUAACUUUCUUCUGUCCUUGUCUUCUGUAGGGUACUAACAUCGCUGCUGGCAAGGCCAUCGGUGUUGCCAUUGCUACUGGAGUCUCCACUGAGAUUGGCAAGAUCCGUGACCAGAUGGCCGCCACCGAGCAGGAGAAGACUCCUCUGCAGGCCAAGCUGGAUGAGUUCGGCGAGCAGCUGUCCAAGGUUAUCUCUCUGAUCUGUGUUGCUGUCUGGGCCAUCAACAUUGGCCACUUCAACGACCCCGUCCACGGUGGCUCUUGGAUCCGUGGUGCCGUCUACUACUUCAAGAUCGCUGUUGCUCUGGCUGUGGCUGCCAUCCCUGAGGGUAAGGGGGAACCAGCAAGUGACUCUAUAUUUCCAAAGGGCUUGUUCAACAUGCUUACAGUCCUCACCUUUGAUUUUCAGGUCUGCCCGCUGUCAUCACCACCUGCCUGGCUCUUGGUACCCGUCGUAUGGCCAAGAAGAACGCCAUUGUCAGAAGCCUGCCCUCUGUGGAGACCCUGGGCUGCACCUCUGUCAUCUGCUCAGACAAGACUGGCACCCUCACCACCAACCAGAUGUGUGUGACCAAGGUGGGAAUCGAUCAUUUUUCACUCUCAGACAGGAGUUUUUCUACAGAUCUAGCUGACGUCAAGCUUUAUCAAAACCUCCCUGCUUCUUUAUCCACAGAUGUUCAUUGUCAAGACCGUUGAAGGUGACCAUGUUGACCUUGAUGCCUUUGAUAUCUCUGGCUCCAAGUACACCCCCGAGGGCGAAGUGUAAGUUGCUUUACCAUUAUCCCAAUGCACUAUCAUGCGUGUAUUAAAAUGCAUUCAAACCUUUAACGUAUUUGUAAUUUUCCCUCUGUCUUUCAGUUCCCAGGGAGGCGCCAAAGUUAACUGCAGCGGAUACGAUGGCCUUGUUGAGCUCUCCACCAUCUGCGCCCUGUGCAACGACUCCUCUCUUGACUAUAACGAGGUAACAUCACAAAAUCACUCGCCAAAUUUCAGUGAAUGAAAACCUGCAGCUUUGCAAGGUUUAACCUUCAUCAACCUCUGCACUGUUUCUCCAGGCCAAGAAGAUCUAUGAGAAGGUUGGUGAGGCUACCGAGACUGCUCUGUCCUGCCUGGUUGAGAAGAUGAAUGUGUUCAACUCCAAUGUGAAGAACCUGUCCAGGAUUGAGAGAGCCAACGCCUGCUGCACCGUGAGUUUCCUCUUCCUGUUCGCUGGAUGUACAGGAAAAAAAAAAGCACAUCAGUAUCUUCUCCAUCUCUUUCAAACUGUUUAGUAACGGAAAUCUCUUUUGCUGAACAGGUGGUCAAGCAGCUCAUGAAGAAGAACUUCACCCUGGAGUUCUCCCGUGACAGGAAGUCCAUGUCCGUGUACUGCACCCCUGCCAAGGGUGAUGGUGGUGCCAAGAUGUUUGUGAAGGUUUGUGUCUUCCCUCGCCUCAGAGCGAACACUGUCAACAGGCCAAAUUCAAGUGGACAUUGCUGUAACGCACCUUUUUUGCUCUGCAGGGUGCCCCCGAGGGUGUGAUUGACAGGUGCGCAUACGUGCGUGUUGGCACCACCCGCGUGCCCCUGACCAACACCAUCAAGGACAAAAUCAUGGCUGUCAUCAAGGACUGGGGUACCGGCCGUGACACCCUGCGUUGUCUGGCCCUUGCCACCCGUGACACCCCACUGAAGGUUGAGGAGAUGAACCUUGAGGACGCCACCAAGUUCGCUGACUACGAGGUGAGAACCAAAGACCACGUUUGACAUGAAUCUGAGUGUGUGGACGAUACCAGGACUUUAUAGACAAACUCUGAAUGAUCAAAUCUGUUUUCUCCUCCUUCCUCAGACUGACCUGACCUUUGUUGGCUGCGUUGGUAUGCUGGAUCCCCCACGUAAGGAGGUCACUGGCUCCAUUGAGCUGUGCAGAGCUGCCGGAAUCCGUGUCAUCAUGAUCACUGGUUAGUAUUAUGGAAUAGAUGAUUGAUUGGUACAGAAAUCUCCUUUUAAAGAUUCUUCAAAAAAAAAAGCACUUGAGAGGUCUGGAUUUUAAUGUUCUGAUUUCCAUCUUUUCAACAUUUCUCAUCAGAGACGUUUUGUAGUAUCAGACAUUCCCAUCUACAGGGAUCUGAUGAAAAAUGAUCAAUUUGACCUCUAAUCAACAAGCAGAGAGCGGUAGAUUUCUUCUCCUUUUGAGGGCAGUAAACCACAAGAAAUAUGAUUCUUUUUUGUGGCACAAAUCGUCAAAGUGAAGCCUUUGAAACUGAGACUGCUGAAGCAGGUGUAUGUAUGGAUGCAGGCCUAAGGAAUGUAAUGACGAAAGAUAUGUCUGAGUUACAUUUGCCAACAUAUCUGGAGGGCCUGCUCUGGCUUUGCUUUUCAUGUCAACAUAGGAUUGCUUCUCAAGUUGCUAAUUGGACUAUAAAGAGUGCAGAACACAGCAUAACAAGUCUUAAUUAGAAGUGCUAAAUACUAUCUGAACCACAACCACUCAAAGUUGUGUAUCAGGCAAUAGCUGAUUUACAGUCUCUAUUUACCACGACAACCACAGUAACUAUAUUCACUCCAUAUAUCAGAUCAGACAGACCCUCUUCCUAACUCUCCCUCCUCUAUGCUUCAGGCGACAACAAGGGAACAGCCAUUGCUAUCUGCCGUCGUAUUGGCAUCUUCACUGAGGAAGAGGAUGUUGAAGGCAAGGCCUACACCGGACGUGAGUUUGAUGAUCUGCCCCUCCACGAACAGUCUGAGGCUGUGCGCAGGGCUUGCUGCUUCGCCCGUGUUGAGCCAUCCCACAAAUCCAAGAUUGUGGAGUUCCUGCAGGGUUAUGAUGACAUUACUGCUAUGGUGAGGACUUAGCAGCUCAAGGAAACAACCCGUGUUUGUGUCUGUGUGUAACUUGUAAUCAGUCGAACUCAUUCUAAUUGCCUCCUGCUCCAGACUGGUGAUGGUGUGAACGAUGCCCCUGCCCUGAAGAAGGCCGAGAUCGGCAUCGCCAUGGGCUCUGGCACUGCCGUUGCCAAGUCUGCCUCUGAGAUGGUCCUGGCUGACGACAACUUCUCUUCCAUUGUGGCUGCUGUUGAGGAGGGCAGAGCUAUCUACAACAACAUGAAGCAGUUCAUCCGCUACCUCAUCUCCUCCAACGUCGGUGAGGUCGUCUGGUGAGUGGCCUCCGCACCUAAAAGUCACAGUUCAGCCACAUUUCGCUUCUUCCACGAUCUGACUUGAACCCUCUCUGUGUUUUUUUCCUUUCUUCUCUCAGUAUCUUCCUGACUGCUGCUCUGGGUCUGCCCGAGGCUCUGAUCCCCGUCCAGCUGCUGUGGGUCAACCUGGUGACUGACGGUCUGCCCGCCACCGCUCUGGGCUUCAACCCCCCAGAUCUUGACAUCAUGGGCAAGCCCCCACGUUCCCCCAAGGAGCCCCUGAUCUCUGGCUGGCUGUUCUUCAGAUACAUGGCUAUUGGUGGUGAGUAGAACUGAGGAGAUUGGGUUUGUUAAAUUUGGAACAAACGCAGGAAAAGUACUUGCCUACACUCACAUGCUGUUUUGCCUCUCUUAUAGGAUACGUCGGUGCUGCCACUGUUGGUGGUGCUGCUUGGUGGUUCUUGUACGACACCACUGGCCCCGGAGUUACCUACUACCAGCUGGUGCGUGGUUAGCCCUUUUCUAUGUUGCCUUUUGAAACACUCACUUGAGUAAGAGACCCUUUUAACAUUCCUUCCUCUCCGCACAGUCCCACUUCAUGCAGUGCUGUGAUGAGAACGAGGACUUCGCCGGCAUUGAGUGCGAGAUCUUUGAGGCUGCUCCUCCCAUGACCAUGGCUCUGUCUGUGCUUGUCACCAUUGAGAUGUGCAAUGCCCUCAACAGGUAAAACAGGGCAUGUGUUGUUUGCGUUUAUAAAAGACCAAACAUCAGAUUUAAGAGCUGCCUUUUAUUCAUAAAGUACACUGACACCUUUUUUCUUCAUUUCCAAAGCUUGUCUGAGAACCAGUCUCUGGUGCGCAUGCCCCCAUGGAGCAACUUCUGGCUGCUUUCUGCCAUGACCCUCUCCAUGUCUCUGCACUUCAUGAUCAUCUAUGUUGACCCACUGCCCGUAAGUGCUCCAUGCUGAACAUUUCUCAUUUCUCGCCAUCUCAGGAAAUGAAAUAAGUCACUCAUAUUCUCUUUAUGAGCGAAGCUGGACCAGGACGUUUUUUGGGUAGUAGUUUUCCUUCUAUUCUAGCAGCUGACUCUUUCUCUUUUGCCCCGCAGAUGAUCUUCAAAUUGACCCAUCUGACCACAGAGCAGUGGAUGAUGGUCUUGAAGCUUUCCUUCCCCGUCAUCCUUAUUGAUGAGGUGCUGAAGUUCUUUGCUCGCAACUACGUUGAAAGUAAGUAUCUUUGUUUUUUUCCCAAGGUUGAGCUGUCUACCUUUUAUCUAAGAGUAACCCUUAACCUGUGAUGAAAUUUUCAAUAAUACAUCAUCUUUUUGUAAUAAUUCAUUUCAAUUUUAACAAGGUCUAAUUGUUCUUCAUCAUUUUAAUAUAACUCAUCAUCACCUUAUCAAUUGACAAACCCAUUCGUUUUUUUUCUGUUUUUCUCCCUCUCUCAUCUCUCCCUCUUUCUCUCCAUUCAUCAUUAACUCACAUAACCUUUUUUGUCGAUUUGCAGAGUAAACUCAGUUCCCCACCACCAUUAGUCUGUACUAAAGACAGGUACUUCCCAGCUUGCACUGCUCUUGUCAUCACUGUCAACGUCAGUCUGGAGUUUGUGUCUGUGUUUGUCCAAUAUUCAUUUUUCCUUCAGUCAUGGAAAUCUGUCUUCAGUCGUGUUCUCUGUCCACAAUUUCCAGUGUCUGUUUGUGUCAAACUCUGGGUUCUCUCUACCUCUGAAUGAUCAUUGAAAAAAUUCAAAAUAAGCGUCACGAAUGUUGAAGCAACAUGGUGAUCAAAGAAAAAAAGGCCCUCCCAGAGUGCUGCUCCGUACCUAGUGUUAUUCCUGAGGAAUAACCGUAGAAAGUGUUUAUCGCCUCUGAGGUGCUGCUGUCGCUGUUUGUUGGGUAGUUUCUCUCUGUUGCCACUUUUGCAAUAUGAGUUUGUAUUUUGUCUGUUUCUCCAUUCAGCAUUUAUAAGCAGUACACAAACAUUGAACGGAUGAUUAAUGACACACUCUUCUGGCAGUUCAUGAAUAAAUCUGUGAACAUGAUCUGAUAAAAGUGCUUAUCAAAAACAAUAUCUCGUGAAAUAUGAAGAUCUGCUCAUAAAUUACAGCAUCGCUUGACAAAAUGUGUGAACAUACUGCUUAUAAAUCUGAUUGGUCAACUUUUUCGUUCUAUUUUUUGAGAAUCUCUGUGUAGUUGGUUAUUUUUAGGUCUGAAAUUUCUAUUCACUAAAAAAGGAUCAACUCUGUAAUAAACACUCAAGUCUGGCAAAUUUACACGUAGAUAUUUUUCAGAUUUACUAAACAGGAUGGUGUCAAUUUGUCCCUGAUAUGGCUAAAUCCAUCCCUGGCCACUCAUGUUAAUUGGAGCUACACCCACCCCGAGUGGACUUAAAAAUAUUGAUCAGUUUCAAGAAAGUUUGUCCUGUCCCCUUACCCAAACACAAAGACAGAGAUGCUUUGCUCCUCUAGCUUGGCCUGCAGAUAACAGCAAAACGAUGUGAUACGCUUGCUUCUUUCAGUAGUUUAGAUUUACAGAAAAAAAAGCUUUAGCCUUUGUAGCCUUCCUGUAAAUCGUCUGUAGUAUUAGUUCAAGCGCUUGUUUCAGUGUGGGUCCAAAAACCCUUUCUGUGUCUAAUUUUGCCUGUUUCCUCUUCCUCAGGUACAGAACAUAAAUAUUGAUGUAGAGAAGGAGGAUCUUAAGGGUUGGAAGAGAAUGAGACGGGAAAGAACAAGAAGAUGAUCAAAACCAAAGAGGGGAGCCGUAGUGCGCCAACCAAUAGAAGAGAGAGGAGAAAACACAGGAAAAUACGAUAAAAAAAUUAAUAAAACUUGUGAAAACUUUACAUAAACAUAGCCUCUAUAUAAGGAAGGAGAUUGAAUUCAAAUGAAGGGAAGUAUCCCUACCAAUUAAGUAUUAAAAUAUUUAAGAUUUUAUGCUCAGAAACAAAGAAUGUAUAAAAAGUGAUUUUUUGUUAAACUUGGAUAUUGUCAGCAGUUGUGUUUUUGUGUCCUCUGUCCAUUUUCAUAUGAUUGACUUUCCAGCUCGUUACUUUCUAGUCUUUGUUGCUCGUGUCUCGUGCAGCCUCCCUGCUUUGGCUGGGCUCUGUACAGUGUGGUGUAGGGUUGCAAAAUGACUUCAUCAUAUGGGCAGAAGAAAAAAAAAUAAACUCCACAUGCCUGCAGCUGCCAACGCGCUCUAAAAGCUCUAUGCGCUCAGCGGACUCUGUUGGAAGUCUCAUGACGUAAAAUGGGCAUGUCUCAGUCACAACACUUUUGGUCUUAUAUAUUGUUUACGUGAUAAGCUGCAAUAAAAUGAUGAUUACAAACUCA